CCCCUUGGAAUCGCUUUUCCAACUGAUGGUUUCAGGGUUCUCCAUUACACCCCGACUGAUUCGCAGUAUUUGAAAUAGUGGAAAUGUUUUUAAUGUUUUUAAUGUUUUUAUUGUUUUCAUGAUUUAUAAAGCAUAAUUUUCUGAGAGAUAUUUUCGAAGUCUUGGGAAAUUAAUAUCAACUGAGUUUUUUGUUUUUUUUUUUCCUUAACGUACGCGUCAAUACUUAAAAUUUCCAUAUAAGACAUCCACUCACUAGGGAUCUGACCCGGGGACACAUGGCUUGAACCAUGGUCCAUGUGUUGCCGUGUUGGUUUCUUGAUCCAUCUAUAAAUGACCCACUUCCGGUUCAUUCUUGAUCACAACCGAAAUGGCUUAUUGGGUCACUACCUUUCUUCUUCUCUUAUCCUUCACCAUCAGUGUUGCCUGCAAUGAAGAGCUCAAAGCGGUUCGGACGGCUCGGUUCGGACUCUUGCAAGGUGGGAGAUGGGCUCGGGGUUCAUUGAGGCUUCACGGGUUAAAUCUUGUUGAUUCGGGUUAUGUGGGUGAGGCUCUGGGUGACUGUGUUAAGCUUUAUGAAGAGUCCGAGAGCCGACUGACCAGGUUGCUCUCGGGUGAGACCCGAAACUGUGAUGAUGCACGUACGUGGCUCAGCAGCGCGCUGGCUAGCCAUAGGACCUGUUUGGAUGGCUUGGAGGGUAAGGGGAUGGCUGAGGCUCCUAUGGCUCGGAAUGUCACCGUGUGGCUAAGUGAAGCUUUGGCUUUGUAUGCGAAGUAUAAGGAGCCGGAUACGGAUGCGGAGAAGGAAGUGCAACCGACAUUGAAACCGAGCCAAAAUGAAGUGAUGCUAGCUGAAUGGAGUCCAAAAACAUCCAAGGCAGACAUCGUGGUGGCCAAGGACGGAUCCGGAAAUCACAUGACAAUUAAUGAAGCUGUUGCUGCACUAACCCGCAUGGUCCAUAAGAGGACUCGAAGAGUGGUUGUCUACGUGAAGUCCGGGAUCUACAAUGAGAAGGUGGAGAUUGGAAAAAACUUGAACAAUGUGAUGUUUGUUGGUGAUGGUGUUGAUAAAACCAUUAUCACCGCUGAUCGAAAUGUCCACGAUGGUGCAACCACUCCAAGCUCCGCCACGUUUGGUGUGUCUGGAGAUGGCUUUUGGGCAAAAGACAUAACAUUUGAGAACAGAGCAGGGCCUCACAAACAUCAGGCAGUGGCAAUGAGGGUGAGCUCGGACCUCUCGGUGUUCUACCGUUGUAGUUUUAAAGGUUACCAAGACACAUUAUACGUCCAUUCUAAUAGACAAUUCUUUCGCGACUGCCAUGUAUAUGGCACUAUCGAUUUCAUAUUCGGUAAUGCCGCAGUUGUCUUCCAAAACUGUGAUAUCUACGUGAGAAAACCAAUGAACCGCCAAUCCAACAUGAUCACCGCACAGGGAAGAGACAUCCCCGAAGAGCCUACUGGAAUUUCAGUACAAGCUUCGAGAGUUCUUUCAUCUCCUGAAUUCACUACUGUUAAAGGCUCUUUCAAGAGUUUCUUGGGUCGACCUUGGAAGCGAUAUUCUAGAACUGUUUUCCUAGAGACAGACUUGGAUGGUUUGAUUGAUCCAAGAGGAUGGACAGAGUGGAGUGGAAACUAUGGGCUGUCGACAUUAUACUAUGGGGAGUAUAAUAAUUCAGGUGGUGGAGCAUCGACAAAGGAAAGAGUGAAGUGGCCUGGUUUUCAUGUGCUAAAUGGUACUGAAGAUGCUAUGCCUUUCACAGUAAGUAGAUUCAUACAAGGAGAGAAAUGGAUUCCUGCUAGUGGUGUUCCCUUCUCUCCUGGAAUUUAAGAGAGGUCUGACUAUAAUUAAGUGUGUAAUUAACUAGUAAUUAAGAUGGUAUUGUGAAAUAAUAAUGCAUCCAUCUCUAAUACUACAUGAGUUGCCUUAUGUAAAAUACCUAAUAUGCAAGCAGCUAUAAAGAGGAGCCUAAUAUGCUAUCUCCAAAGUGUAAUAUAGAUGUUGUCUUAUUACUCUCAUAAUGUUCAAAAUCUUCAUUGUAAUUACAAUGCAUGGACUCAAAAUGUUAUAAGAUUUCUCUAAAAUAUAAGACAAAAUUGUGAGAA